CCAUUUUAAGAUGAAGCAGAGCGUACGGACAGGAACUGUCGCCCGAUGCACGACUGACUGAAGUCCUCAAGAUGAGUUUUUGUGUGGAGGAAGAGGAGGACAGAGCAGGGUCUCCAGUAUCCAGCUGUCCAUCAGUGAAGAGUGACUUGUCCAAAGAUCAUCCGCCAGACUUCAGUAAUGAACCUGGACCCUCAGACAUGAAACUGACUGAAGUCCUCAAGAUGAGUUUUUGUGUGGAGGAAGAGGAGGACAGAGCAGGGUCUCCAGUAUCCAGCUGUCCAUCAGUGAAGAGUGACUUGUCCAAAGAUCAUCCGCCAGACUUCAGUAAUGAACCUGGACCCUCAGACAUGAAGGAGAAGAAGAAGAAGAGGAGGAGGAGUGAUGCUUCUGUGAAGGAGCAGCUGUCCUGCUGUUCUUUAUGUCUGGACAUCCUGAAGGAUCCAGUCUCUACCAGCUGUGGACACUGGUUCUGCAGACAGUGCAUCACCUCAUACAGGGACCAGUCUGCCUCAUCAGGCGACUCCUCCUGUCCCCAGUGUGGAAAAAGAUCCAGAACAAGACCUGGACUGCAGACAGACAGUCAGACCAGCCCUGUACAAAUGAAUGAUGCUCUCCAGAAGGUUUUAGAUGAGCAUAAGAUCAGUCUGAGGGAGAGAUGUCAACAUGUGACUGAAGGAACUGAUGAAGCAGGAAAUGAAACCCUCCUCAACAGCAUCUACACUGAGCUCUACAUCACAGAGGGACAGAGUGAAGACGUCAAUACCCAACAUGAGAUGAGGCGGCUUGAGACAGCUUCCAAGAUGAUCCCCCAUGAAACUCCAAUCAGGUGCCACGACAUCUUUAAAGUCUUGUCUGAACAACAGAAACACAUCAGAGUCAUUCUGACGAGUGGUGUUGCUGGCGUUGGAAAAACCUUCUCAAUGCAGAAGUUCACUCUGGACUGGGCAGAGGGCUUGGAAAACCAAGAUGUCAGUCUGGUGAUUCUGCUUUCGUUCAGGGAGCUGAACUUGAUCAGAGAUGAGCAGCACAGUCUUCUCAUGCUGAUCCAUAUUUUCCAUCCAACAUUACAGAAGGUCACAGCAGAGAAGCUUGCUUACUGUAAAGUUUUGUUCAUCUUUGACGGCCUGGAUGAAAGCAGAUUUUCAUUGGAUUUCAAGAACAGGAAAGUUGUGUCUGAUGUCACACAGAAGUCAUCAGUCAAUGUGCUGUUGAAAAACCUCAUUGAAGGGAAUCUGCUUCCCUCGGCUCUCAUCUGGAUAACUUCCCGACCUGCAGCAGCCAAUCAGAUCCCUCCUACAUGUGUUGACAGGGUAACAGAAGUACGAGGCUUCACUGACGCCCAGAAGGAGGAGUACUUCAGGAGGAGAUUCAGUGAUGAAGAGCUGUCCAGCAGAAUCGUCUCACACAUCAAGACAUCCAGGAUUUUCCAUAUCAUGUGUCAAAUCCCAGUUUUCUGCUGGAUCACUGCUACAGUUCUUGAGCACAUGUUGACUACAGACCAGAGAGGAGAACUGCUCAAGACCCUGACUGACAUGUACUCACACUUCCUGCUGGUUCAGACAAAGAGGAAGAAGCACAAGUAUGAUGAGGGACAUGAGACAAGUCCACAGGAGCUGACAGAGGCUGACAGGGAAGUUCUUCUGAAGCUGGGGAGGCUGGCGUUUGAACAUCUGGAGAAAGGAAACAUCAUGUUCUACCAAGAAGACCUGGAGCAGUGUGGUCUUGAUGUCACAGAGGCCUCAGUGUUAUCAGGAUUUUGUACAGAGAUCUUAAAAAGAGAGAGCGUGAUCUCCCAGAAAACAGUCUACUGCUUCGUUCAUCUGAGUGUUCAGGAGUUUCUGGCUGCAGUCUACAUGUACCACUGUUACACCAACAGGAAGGAAGAGGUACUGAAGGACUUCCUGGGAAAAUACUAUAGUUACUCAUCCCUGGAUGACUUUCUGAAGAGAGCCAUGGUGAAAUCCUUUGAAAGUAGAGCAGGCCACCUGGAUCUGUUUGUUCGUUUCCUUCAUGGCCUGUCUUUAGAGUCCAAUCAGAGUAUUUUAGGAGGCCUGCUGGGUCGGACAGAGAACAGUCCAGAAGUCAUCCAGAGAGCCAUCAACAACCUGAAGAAGAUGAGCACUGAGGAUAUCUCUCCUGACAGAAGCAUUAACAUCUUCCACUGUCUGAUGGAGAUGAAUGACCACUCAGUACAUCAGGAGAUCCAAGAGUUCCUGAAGUCAGAGAACAGAUCAGAGAAGAAACUCUCUGAGAUUCACUGCUCAGCUCUGGCCUACAUGCUGCAGAUGUCAGAGGAGGUUCUGGAUGAGUUGGACCUGAGGAAGUACAACACAUCAGAGGAGGGACGACUGAGACUGAUCCCAGCUGUGAGGAACUGCAGAAAGGCUGUACUUUCUGGCUGUCGACUGUCUGAGACUCACUGUGAAGUUGUCAUCUCAACUCUGAAGUCUAAGCCCUCCCAUCUCAAAGAGCUGGACCUGAGUGGAAACUGGAACCUGCUGGAUUUAGGAGUGAAGCGUCUGUCUGCUGGACUGGAGAGUCCCAACUGUAGACUUGAGACUCUGAGAUUGAGUCGCUGCACGUUGUCAGAGAUCAGCUGUGCUUCUCUGGCCUCAGCUCUGAAGUCCAACCCCUCCCAUCUGAGAGAGCUGGAUCUGAGCUACAACGAGCUGCAGGAUUCAGGAGUGAGGCUGCUGUGUGAUUUUCUGGAGAUCCCACACUGCAGACUGGAGACUCUGAGAUUGAGUCGCUGCAGUUUUUCAGGGACCAGCUGUGCUUCUCUGGUCUCAACUCUGAGGUCCAACCCGUCCCAUCUGAGAGAACUGGACCUGAGCUACAACAAACUUGAAGAUUCAGGAGUGAGGCUGCUGUGUGAUUUUCUUGAGAGUCCACACUGUAGACUGGAAACUCUAAGAUUGAGAGACUGCAGUUUGUCAGAGAUCAGCUGUGCUUCUCUGGUCUCAGCUCUGAAGUCCAACCCCUCCUAUCAGAGAGAGCUGGAACUCAGCCACAACAAGCUUCAGGAUUCAGGAAUGAAGCUGCUGUGUGAUUUUCUGGAGCAUCCACACUGUAGACUGGAGACUCUGAGAAUGGGUUUCUGCAGUUUGUCAGAGAUCAGCUGUACUUAUCUGACUCCAGCUCUGAAGUCCAACCCCUCUCAUGUGAGGGAGCUGCAGCUGAGCUUCAACAAGCUGCAGGACUCAGGAGUGAAGCUGCUGUGUGAUUUUCUGGAGAGUCCACACUGUAGACUGGAGACUCUGAGAUUGAGCUCCUGCAGUUUGUCAGAGACCAGCUGUGCUUCACUGGCCUCAGCUCUGAAGUCCAACCCAUCCCAUCUGAGAGACUUGAAGCUGAACUACAACGAGCUGCAGGAUUCAGGAGUGAGGCUGCUGUGUGAUUUUCUGGAGAGUCCACACUGUAGACUGGAGACUCUGAGCUGGAAGUGAUAAUCUCUGUAAGAGUGUGAGUGAACAUCCAGGAGUGUGUGUUGAGAGAGGAUCAGCUGUAUCCUGAUGAUCCAGAGAGGUUGAAGCAGCACCAGCAGCAACAGCAGCUUGUAUGUAGAGAGGAUCUGACUGGACCAUGUUACUGGGAGGUAGAGUGGAGAGGAGAGCUUCACCCAGAAGUGACUGACAGAGGAAUCAGAAGAAGUGGAAAUGAGUCUCAGUGUUGCAGUCUGAACUGAUCAGAGAACAGCUCCACUGUUAGACGCAAAGUCAAGUCCACCAUCAUCCCUGUGUGUUCCUCUGGAUCUCACAGAGUAUCAUCAGUGUAUCUGGACUGCUCUACCUAUGCUACCUAUGUCCUUCUACACAGGUCUCUGCAGACAUACUGACACUCCUCCACUUCACCACUUCCUCCACCCUCCACCUGGACCUGAUCUGGAUCUAUUUUUUCUUUCUUUAAUAUCUCCAUUUUGGGUGAAUUAAAAUAUUCUCAACCCAAAGUGACGACAGCUGCAGUUGAAAUAGAGGCGCUGCAGCUAGGGUAGCUUUGCAGCAUCGACUGGUGAGGAUUGUCAGGGAGAAUGGAGAAAACUUUGUGCUGCAACAAACUUUGCGGUGCAUUGGUAAACCUAACUUUGUUUUGUAACAGAAUCAUCUAAAAUAGAAAAGCAGUGUACUUGCACACUGUUUCGAUAUAUCCAGACUUGAUGAGGAAAAACAUUUUGUAAAUGAAAAAAGCCUCAGUAAAGAAAUAUAAUGCCAGUGUUGCCAACUAAUUUUCAGGGGAAGAUGCUACAGGUAUGUUGAUUUGUUGCUAAAAGUUGCUAAAUGACAUUGUCAUAAAGAGUUAAAUUAAGUGGCCAUCUUGACGAAAAAUAUGAUUUGAAACUUGUUUAGAUGUAUUUAUUAUCACAUAUUUUUAUUUAUAAAAGUAAUAUAAACACUUUUCUGUGCUCUAGUUAAUGUUGUUAAUGAAAGCUUCUUAGCAAUAACUUAUCUUUAAUAACUUACAGUUACUUACUAACCGCACACAGUAGUCUGCCUGGUUACACAGCUAUGGGAGAGACACUCUCCUUGGCUGGCCGGGUGUGGUGUUGCAAUGUGUCACAACAUCCUGUAUGUAACACAAAUCAGUGUUGAAGCCACCAUUAUUCAUUUUUGUUGCUCCAGCUGUAGCUGUUUUCUGCCAGCAGAUGUCACCAUUUUCUCUGUUUUGCCUGAACAGACGUAAUAAUAUUCUAUUGCAGUAAAUAAUGUUUGUUCAAGGUGGAGCUCACUGAAGUGCUUUAUAUACUGCUAGAUAGUUUAAUUAUAAUAAUGUAGACACAUGGACAAAGAACUCCCCUCUUUUGUGCCUCUUAUCUUACCAGACCAAACUCUAACUCAUAUUCCUGAGGACUUUUGUGAAGUCCCUCUGCCAACCUGAGCCAAACCUGAAUUUCAUAUAAAUUAAAUGUUUAAUCAUUAUGCAAGUUAUGUAAUGUUAUUUGUCAUGUAAAUACACAAAGAAUGGUAUAACUUUGAUAGCUGUGAUUAUCUGCUAAGGUGAGACUAAAUUUUGAUUUUAUUACCUUUUUACUCAUGUGACAAUACUGUCUUCAAGUGACAAGAGCUAAAUUUCCUAAUGUUAAGAGUUAAUGAAUGUUUGGUAACUAUGCAAUUGUCUUUUAAAAUCACCUAAGUGUUUAACUUUUGAUAUUUUAACCUCAUAGACAGUCAUAUUUUAAUAUAAUUGUAUAUAAGUGAAUUUUCUGAAGUAAUAUGGAUGUAAAGAUAUAAUGUUUGAAGGAUUUCAGUUUGAAGUCUUCUUUUAUUAUUAAACUAUAGUUAUACUGAAUUUUUUAUAUGAUGAGGUAAGAUUUGUGUUGGAUUUAAAAACUUUUAUUUCACUGUAGAUGGUUUACGAUAUGUAAAUAGUUUGAGAAAUUGAAUCAAUUAAGGUUGGAUGCCUAGACAUCAUGAAGUGUUAAUAUGAAGGAUAUUGUUAGAUAUGUUAAUAGAAGACUUGACUUAUUAUGAAACGCAUAUAUACAGCUUAACUGUUUCCUGAAUGGUUUACAAUAUAUCAUAUAAGAUGACAUGAAAUAUUCAGACCUAGUGACUCUGAAGUGUGAAUUUUACAUCAUAUUUUCAUGAAUACAUUUUUAUUUUUUCAAGAUGCAUCAUACAGAUCUAUACCUGAUAUAGAUUAAAUGAUACUCUGUGACCGACUGUAGGAUGAGUUCACUCUGAGCCGCAAGGUGCAGCCUAUUGCCAUUAAUGAAAUAUUGUGUUGACUGGUCACUUGUGAACCCUGCAUAUAAAGAUGUUUGUUCUACUUUUCAGCA